CACACGUGUUUCUCCACAUUAGAAACAUGCUGUGUUUACACAUGCUUCUUUUGUCAUUUUAAUAAUAAGUAAUGUAAAUAUUUAAACUCGAUUUGAGAUCAAGAUGAAGUUCGCGUACAAGUUUUCUAACUUAUUGGGUGCUGUUUAUCGACACGGGAAUCUGUCCUUCUCUAAAGAUGGGAAUGCAGUGAUCAGUCCUGUAGGAAACCGAGUCUCUGUGUUCGACCUGAAAAACAAUAAGUCAGAGACACUCCCAGUGAGCACCACCAAGAACAUUACCUGUGUUGGACUCUCACCUAAUGGAAAUACAGCCAUACUUGUUGAUGAAGAUGGAGCAGCCGUAUUGGUCAGCUUGCUAACUCGAGCUGUGCUUUACCAUCAUCACUUUCACAAUCCUGUCAGCAGCGUCCGCUUUUCUCCUGAUGGCAAAAAGUUCGUGGUUACUAAAGAAAAUGUAGCUUUGAUGUACCACGCCCCUGGAAAGAACCGGGGCUUCAACGCAUUCGUCCUGGACAAGAGUUACUAUGGACCUUUUGAUGAGACCACGUGCAUUGACUGGACUGAUGACGCCAAGUGCUUUGCAGUGGGGAGUAAGGACAUGACCACAUGGAUUUUUGGAGCAGAACGUUGGGCAAAUUUGAUCUACUACUCUCUAGGUGGCCACAAAGAUGUCAUUGUGGGCUGUUUUUUUGAGAAGGACAGCUUAGAUUUGUACACCGUGAGUGAAGAUGGCACCCUGUGUGUGUGGGAGAGCGACACCGAACUCGAUGGCUUGCGCAAAGGUCCAAAAUUCUCUGAACGUCAGAAAAUGGCAAAAGAGAGGCAGAGACGGGAGGAGGACGCUGCUGCAGAGGAAGAUGAGGAUGACAUUGAGGAAGUAAUGGGGGAAGACGGGCAGUUGAAGGCGGAGGUGAUUAAAGGGAGCCUGGAUGCACCAAAAGAAGUGGAGGGCAUCCGAAAUGUCCGUUACAAGCAGAGAAGCAAACACUUUUUUAACAAGCAAGGCGAGUUCAACAGACUGACUGCAGCAGCUUUUCACAAGAACACCCACAUUCUGGUGACAGGUUUUGCCUCUGGAGCUUUCCACCUUCAUGAGCUGCCCGACUUCGACCUCAUUCACUCGCUCAGUAUUUCAGAUCAGCGAAUUUCGACUAUAGCUAUAAACCCCACAGGAGAUUGGAUCGGCUUUGGAUGUUCAGGUCUUGGACAGCUGCUGGUUUGGGAGUGGCAGAGUGAGUCCUAUGUGUUUAAGCAGCAGGGUCACUUCAAUAACAUGGCGUCUCUGGCCUACUCUCCUGAUGGACAGUACCUGGCUACUGGAGGAGAUGAUGGAAAGGUAAAGGUGUGGAACACUAUCAGUGGCCUGUGUUUCAUCACGUUUACAGAGCACACAAGCAGUGUCACUAACGUCGCCUUUACUGGCAGCGGUUUUGUAGUGGUCAGUGCAUCGCUGGAUGGCACCGUUCGAGCUUUUGACCUGCACAGGUACCGUAACUUCCGGACGCUGACUUCUCCACGGCCGGCGCAGUUCUCCUCUCUGGCGGUGGAUGUCAGUGGGGAGCUGGUGUGUGCUGGAGCUCAGGACACAUUUGAAAUCUUUCUUUGGUCCAUGCAGACUGGACGACUACUGGAGGUUCUGAGUGGUCAUGAGGGCCCGGUGAGUUAUCUGUGCUUUAGUCCAGUCCAGUCAGUUUUGGCCAGCGUGUCUUGGGACAAAACAGUCAGACUGUGGGACAUGAUGGACAGCUGGCAGACCAGAGAGGUCCUGCGUCUCGCCUCUGAUGGCUUGGCAGUAGCGUAUCGUCCGGAUGGUAAGGAGUUGGCUGUGGCUUCUCUCGAUGGUGAGAUCACGUUCUGGAAUCCACAGACAACGGCUCAGACUGGCUCUAUCUCCGGUCGCCAUGACCUGCAGAUGGGUCGCAAAGAGACUGACAAGAUCACAGCCAAGCAGUCAGCCAAGGGCAAGACCUUCACUUCACUGUGUUACUCUGCUGAUGGUGAGUCCAUGUUGGCUGGUGGCCAGUCAAAGUUUGUCUGCAUCUACAACAUCAAGGAGCAAAUCCUCAUGAAGAAGUUUGAAAUCUCCUGCAAUAUGUCGCUAGAUGCCAUGGAGGAGUUCCUGGACAGGCGUAAGAUGACCGAGUUUGGUAGCCUGGCACUAGUGGACGAGGGGGCAGGAGAUGGAGAUGGAGUUGAAAUUAGCUUGCCUGGUGUUAAAAAAGGGGACAUGAGCUCCCGUCAUUUCAAGCCAGAGAUUCGUGUUCCCUCUCUCCGCUUCUCCCCCACUGGUCGCAGUUGGGCCGCAGCCUCCACAGAAGGUUUGCUGAUUUACUCACUCGAUGCCUCAUUGGUGUUUGACCCCUAUGACCUGGACAUGGACGUCACACCAGCCAGCAUCAGACAUCAGCUGAGGAAAAAGGAAUGGACUUCAGCCAUCAUGUUAGCUUUUCGUCUGAAUGAAACGUCUCUGAUUGUAGAAAUGCUAGAAGCUGUUCCCCAUGAUCAAACGGAAGUGGUGGCUAGCUCCCUGCCAGAUGUGUAUGUGGAGAAGCUGCUGUACUUUUUGGGCUCAUCUCUGGAGAAAUCCAGACACCUGGAGUUCUACCUCACCUGGGUGAAUCACCUUCUCAUCAUACACGGACAGAAACUGAAGAACAGAUCAUCAGCUAUACUUCCAACUGUACAGCAACUGAUGAAGAGCAUCCAGAGACACCACGAUGACCUGUCCAAACUCUGUGACUGGAACGUAUACACCAUGCGCUACGCCAUAGCUUUGUCCAAGCAAAAGGGUAUGAAGAGGACAGCUGAGGACUCGCUUGAUAAAGAAGAGGAGGAAUCCUCAGAGAUCAUGGAUUCAGAAGAUGAAGAGGAAAAUAUGUUGACUGAAUCAGUUCUGGUGGAAAACUGAUGACUGGAUUUACUGGACUGCAGUACAUUUACAUACACACUUAGUGAGGAAGAGAACUGAACCCAUUUUUCAUGUUUUGUACAUUACCACACAUUCUUUAAGCAUUUUAAUGGGAUGCUAGUUGAACCCUGUUUGUCAGAAACCUGAUUAAAAUACUGAAGAUUUUUAUAAUUGUA